CCGUUUGAUAAAUGGAUUCUGAAAAGAUUGCUUCAUUAAGAUGUGGAUUCAAUGAUCAUAUUCCAGUCGAAUCUAACGGCUUUGAUCAUCCAAAAGAAUACAAUAAGCAACCAUUCAUCAUCGGAGUUGCUGGAGGAACCGCAUCGGGCAAAACGACAGUCUGCAACAUGAUCAUUUCACAACUUCACGAUCAACGUGUUGUUCUUGUUAAUCAAGAUUCGUUUUAUCGCUCACUCAACGAGGAACAAUUAGUGAGCGCUCACGAAUACAAUUUCGAUCAUCCCGAUGCUUUUAAUACUGAGCUUUUGCUUUCAUGUAUGGAAAAAUUGAGACAAGGAAAACCAGUUAGCAUUCCUAACUAUGAUUUCAAGACUCAUAAAAGCAUCGAACCGUCACGUCUGGUUAAUCCUGCCGAUGUUAUCAUUCUAGAAGGAAUUCUGGUUCUUCAUGAUUCUCAAGUUCGAAAUCUUAUGAACAUGAAGAUCUUUGUUGAUAUAGAUUCUGAUGUGCGGCUUGCAAGAAGAAUUCAGAGGGACACAGUGGAAAGAGGAAGGAACAUUUCGAAUGUGCUUGAUCAAUAUUCAAGAUUUGUAAAGCCUAGUUUCGAAGAAUUCAUACUACCAUCGAAAAAGUUUGCAGAUAUAAUCAUCCCUAGAGGAGGAGAUAAUGAUGUCGCCGUUGAUUUGAUAGUACAGCAUAUUCUUACCAAGCUUGGCCAGCAUGAUCUGUGCAAAAUAUACCCAAAUAUUAAUGUUAUAUUUUCAACAUUUCAGAUUCGUGGAAUGCACACCCUUGUCCGUGAUGUCAAAACAACAAAGCAUGAUUUUGUCUUCUAUUCAGAUCGAUUAAUUCGCUUGGUUGUGGAGCAUGGCCUAGGGCACCUUCCCUUCACAGAGAAACAGAUCAUCACUCCUACGGGUUCCGUGUAUUCUGGUGUUGUGUUCUGUAAAAGGUUAUGCGGAGUCUCGGUUAUAAGAAGUGGAGAAAGCAUGGAGAAUGCACUAAGAGCAUGCUGCAAGGGAAUAAAAAUUGGUAAAAUACUCAUCCAUGGAGAUGGAAAUAAUGGGAGGCAGUUAAUUUAUGAGAAGCUACCGGCAGACAUCUCAAGCCGCCAUGUCUUGUUACUAGACCCUGUUCUAGCUUCAGGAAAUUCGGCAAUCAAGGCUGUAUCUCUGCUUCUUAGUAAAGGCGUUCCGGAAACCAGCAUCAUCUUUCUUAAUCUUAUAUCAGCACCAGAAGGCAUCCAUGCUGUGUGCAGGAAAUUCCCGAAGCUAAAACUUGUGACAUCGGAGAUUGAUUCAUCACUAGAUAAGAAUUACAGAGUGAUUCCAGGUAUGGGGGAGUUCGGGGAUCGCUAUUUUGGCACUGAUUAAUUAUGAUUUUGGUUCCUAUGAAUCACAUUGAAUCUACACCA